UAACGUGUAAUAUUUGUUAUUUGAAUCAAAAAUAAUUUUUAAAAGCAAUAAAAAAGAACCCCACGCCACCCCCACCAAGUGAGUCGUCUUCUCCAACUAGCCCUAACUCUUUUGCAGCAACACUCCAGCACACCCUCAAAUGAACUUGAAAAUGAAAACUAUACACCUUCUCGGGCAAAGCUCAAUCCCAAAAAUAACGCGUUCUGUAAUUUGAGCUACUUUUAACCUUAGAGAAAACAGAGCAGCCAUGCUCUUUCAUUCAUGGAGAAAAUCUCUAUGCAACAGAGGUAACUUCUUCCCUUUAAUCCAACUGUUUCCUUUAUCGCAUAGCCAUGUAUCUAUAUUUCAUUCUUGCGCUUCUGUUCCCUCUAAAUAUCCUUCGUUUCGCAAAAAGCCAUCGGUUUCUAAGAAGCGUAAAGUUGUAAUUUUUAGGGAAUUCAGAGAUGUGAAUAGUUUAAAUGACGCCGUUUGUGUUUUUCAUCGAUUGGUCCGUAAAGAACCAGUUCCUUCUGUUGUAGAGUUAGCAAAAUUGUUAAGAGUGAUGAUUAAUAUGAAAGAAUAUUCUGUUGUUAUUUCGUUUUUCGGAGAGAUGAGGAAGUUAGGGAUUCCCUUUGAUGAGUAUAUCUUGACUAUUGUGAUUAAUUCUUUUUGCUUGCUGGGUUGUGCUGAAAAUGGUUUUUCGAUAUUGGGUGUUUUUUUCAAGAGUGGUGUUCAGUUUAAUGUGGUUACUUUCAGUACUCUUAUGAGGGGACUUUUUGAACAAAAUAAGAUUCAGGAUGCUAUGUGGUUGUUUAGGAAGCUGGUGAAAGAGAAAAUUUGUAAGAUGGAUGAAGUUAUGUUUGGUACAGUCAUGAAUGGGCUUUGUAAACAAGGGCAUACUCAAACAGCUCUUAGUUUGUUGAGGAUAAUGGAGCAAGGGGAUGCCAAACCUAACACAGUUGUGUAUAGUAUUGUUGUAGAUGCACUUUGUAAAGACCAAAUGGUAGGUGCUGCUUUCAAUCUUUUCAAUGAGAUGAAGCGAAAAGGGAUUACUCCGAAUGUACAUACGUAUAGUUCACUGGUUGAUGGUUUAUGUAAGUUUGAUCAGUGGGAAGAAGUUAGGCUGCUUUUGGAUGAGAUGACGCAUCUUAAUAUUUUCCCGAAUGUACACACUUUUAGCAUGUUGGUAGAUGCAUUUUGUAAAAAAGGUAUGGUCGAAGAUGCUGUGGAAGUGUUAAAUGUAAUGAUCCAAAAAGGUGAACAUCCUGAUGUGGUUACCUUUAACGCUAUAAUGGAAGGGUAUUGUUUGCGCGGUGAAAUAGAUGUAGCAAGAAGAGUUUUAGGCUCUAUGACUGAUAUUGGUGUCAAGUGUGACAUCUUUAGUUACAAUAUAUUAGUCAAUGGAUAUUGCAAGCAGAAGAAACUAGACGAGGCCAUGCAUUUAUAUUGUGAAAUCUCGCAAAAGGGGUUGAAACCUGACAUUGUUACGUAUUCUACUAUCUUGCAAGGCCUUUUUGAAGUUGGCAGAGUUGAAUGUUCUGAAAAUUUAUUUACUGAGAUGCAAAAUGCAGGUCAUAGUCCUGACAUUUACACUUGUGGCAUUAUGCUUCAUGGUUAUUUAAAAAAUGGUCAUGUAGAAAGAGCAAUGUCCCUCUUUCAUAGGUGGGAAAAACAAAAAGAAGAUGCUUAUAUUUUGAUCUAUAAUAGAGGCAAUGAUGGAUUUUUUAAAAUUCAAAAGCUUGAUAAAGCUCGUUCGAUUUUUGAUAAGCUUUAUUCCGUAGGGUUGCAUCCUGAUGUUAUAAGAUACAAUGUAACAGUAAAUGGACUUUGUAUUGAAGGUUUAGUAGAUGAAGCCAAAGAGUUGCUAAGAAAAAUGGAGGACAAUAGGUGUUCGCCGCACAAUGCCACUUCCAAUCUUAUAGUGAAUGGACUUCUCAAGAGUACUAAAACUAAUGAAGCAAUGACCCUUUUGAAGGAAAUCAUCCAGAGAGGUUUCCCAGCUGAUAGAGUCACGAUGUCGUUGCUAAUAGAACUACUCUUGUUAAUAGGGGAAGGUCCUUUUUUGCUUAAUAUGAUACCAGAACUUCAUCUAAGAAAUGAGAAAUGAAGGUCUUAGUCCUAGAUGACUAUUAUUUAGUUUAGGUGUUUAGGCAUGUAGAGUUUGUGAUGCAGCUUCAACCCUGGGUUGUGGUAUCCUGUGAGAAACUAAUAUUGUCCCUUGCUGUUUGGCAUGAGACUUCAUGGAUUUGUUUGAGCAAUACUGUUUUUGAAGGAACCAAAUGAUCCACUUCUACUUUCUUCCAAAAGUGACUUCCUCGCCAACAUUCAAACUUAAAUACACCACAAAGACGAGCCUUAUGUCCAGAAGGUCCUAUAUGAACUUCUGAGCAAUGUUCACAGACCUCUGAACUCCAGAUCAAAGUGCUUCCCAUGCCUUCAAGGUUUCUCUUCCCAACAACAUCAAAUCAUCGUCAGACAAAGAGUCAGCUUGAAAA